AUGAAACAUCUGACUGGCCCUUCAGUGAAACGAUUAUCUACAACUCGCUGGUCGGCGAGAUAUGAAGCUUGCAACAGCAUGAACCAAAAUUGGAAAGAAGUUGUCGCAGCUUUGAGUGAAAUUGAUGAGCGGGACAGGUCUAAGACUGGGAGUGAAGCAAAAGGAUUGAAAAUCAAGCUAACAUCUCUGGAAACCGCAAUAAUGUUCGCUGUAUGGAGUCCAAUUUUGGAAAGAUUUGAUAAAGUGAGCGAAGCAAUACAGAAAGUUGGCAUUGGUAUAGAUGAAGUAGUUUUGUAUUAUGAGUCAUUGGUUGAUUAUAUCUUAGGAUUGAGAGAUCAAUUUGAUCGAUUUGAGGAGAGAGCGAAGAUCAAUUCUGGAUUUGAGGAAUAUCGAAGUGAAGAAAGAAGAGCCACAACAAGAACUGUUCCUGCUGAUGAAACUCGAGUGGGACAUACUGCUUUGAGUGGGAGGGAAAACUUCAGAGUAGGGGUUUAUCUUGUUAUAAUUGACUAUCUAACAAGAGAAUUGAAUCAACGUAAAAAUUGCUACAAGGGUUUUGCUGCGAAAUUCUCCUUUUUAUUAAAACUGCAAUCGAUUAGUUCUGAAGAAUUAGGAGUAGCGGUUACUAAUCUCAUCUCUAGUUUUCCUCAGGAUUUAGAUGAAAAACUCCACGAUGAAUGUUUGCACUUCAAAUCCUACUUAGCACAGUUAGAACAACCUCCAAAAACUCUACACGAGAUGAGUACCUUCAUUAGAAGUGAUAAAAGCUUAGUGCAAAUGUUUCCCUACAUCGAUAUUACAAUUAGAAUGUUUUUAUGCACUUUUGCAACGAACUGUUCAGCAGAGAGGUCGUUUUCAGCAUUGAAGCGAAUUUUAUCCUAUUUGCGAUCUAGCAUGUCUCAAGAGCGUUUGAAUUAUCUGGCCGUUUUGUGCAUUGAAGCUGAAUUGUUGAAAAAAUUAGACUUCGAAGCUGUGUUCCAACAAUUUGCGGAAAAGAAGGCAAGAAGAAAACCAUUAUUAGUUUGA